AUGGUGGACUCGCCCUCUCACGUUCCAUAUCAACCGUAUAAGCCCAAACGGCACUCCCGCAACCUCUCCAACCAAUUCCUCGUCCCAGUUCCGGGCGCUAACGCGGUCGUCGAUGGAGGCGGCUCGCCUCCACCCGCCUCGCGCCCCAACGGGCCAGCGGGCAUCGUGAGCGCCCCCGUAGUGCCUCAACUCCCACAGCUGCAUCUCGACGCGGAGAAGGUGCUGCACCCGAUCUCGUCUCUCUUCUCUUCGCUGUCCGGCAGCACCGGCACCAGCCCGCGUCCCGCGAGCGUGUUCGACGCCUUCCGCCCCCGGCACUCGCCCGCGCCCAGUAUCAGCAUCUCGGAGACCACGCCCAGUUUGCCUACGUCACCCGUGCGGGCCACGCAUCAUCAUCAUAAGGAAGAGGCUAUCCCCGUUACUGCCGCUGCGACGACGACGAUAGAGUCCGAGAAAGCUAGGACGAGCGACGAGAUAAGGCCCACGCCGGUGGUGGCCGAAAUAGUCACCAUCAAACCGCCUACGCCCGAAGACGAGACCCAGCAGCCUCAGCUUCCUCUGACACCACCGCCAGAGGCCGAUCCUAAGGCCCUCCCGCCUCCACCGCAGUCGCCCGAGUCAGCACCCGAGGAGCCAUCGCCCUCUCUCCCGUCGCCUGCCCCCUCCGUACCGGACAAACCUCCCCCUUCGCCUACCUCGUCCCAGAAAGCAACAGACAAGCAGGCUCUCCCGCAUGCGCUUUCCGAGGCCUCGGCCCCUGCCUCGCCCUCCCGCCGCACCUCUACUUUCCGCCGGCUUGCUCCCACCCCCUCCGGCCGCUCUCCGCUACCGUCGUCUCCGCUACGCCCGGCAUCCACUCUACCCUCAUCCACCCUUCAUCCCCCAACUUUAGGCUCGCACGCACGCGUCGCCUCCGCGUCUUCUCUCCGCCACUUCGACCAGCCUCUCAGGCCGGCCCAACCCCGAAGCCGCCUCACCUCGUCCUCCAGCGUUGCCUCCUCUCUCGCACCUUCACCUUCAGCCACCCUCACCUCCCCUGCUGGUCCUUCUACCGCGCCGACUCCGCGCAGCCGCCCGCAAUCGGCCGAGAUCCACGCCCCGCCCCCGCGCACCGUCUCGCUGCACCCCUCUGCAUCCACCUCCGCCUCGCCUUCCUCCGCGUCUCCGUCGACUCUUUCUCCCUCGCCCUCGCCCGCUCCUUUACCGGCUUCCCGCCCGGCACAGGCCCCGUACCGGCCCGGCUUCCAGCCCAAGGGCGUCUACCGCCCGCUCACCGACGAGUUCUUAGAGGCCCGCAAACGCGCACGCGACGCCGGCCGGAUCGAACGCACCCGGCUCGAACGCCGCCUCGAAAAGCUCAUCGCUCUACACUUCCCCCCAUCCUCCUCGACCGCCUCCUCCUCCUCGCCUUCCAACAAAACCAGCGCCCUCCACCCGCACGGAAAAGACCGCCCGACCGCGCAAACCCGCCGCGCCUCGAGCUUCUUCGACGUCGACCUCUCGGACCUCCGCGGGCUCGUCCAAACCGACAAGGCGCGCGCGCGGGAUCACGUGCGCGCGGCCGAGCAGCGCAUCGCGCCGUGGGAACCCGACGCGUCGGCCGCGGCGUGCCCGCUCUGCGCCGCGCCCUUCCACCCGCUGUCGAACCGGCGGCACCACUGCCGCCUCUGCGGGCGCGUCGUGUGCGCGCUGCCCCCCCGCGCGCCGCAGCGGCCCGUGGCGUGCAGCUCGCUCUUCGUCGUCUCGGAUCAGAGCGGUGCUGGAGGAGGAGGAGCUGGGGGCAGGAUAGAGGAAGUGGGCGAAGGCGUGGAUUAUGGCGUGCGGAGGCGGACGGUGGGAGUGGCAGCAGCGGGUGGGGCGGGAGGGAUGAGCGAGGAGGAAAAGUUCUUGAAGGGCGUUAGGGUGUGCAGGGAGUGUCGACCGGCGGUGUUGAGGCAGCAGUACCGGCAGGAAAUGCGGGAGGUGCCGCCGCUCGCACGACUGUACGACGCGUUCGUGGCGCUGGAGAAGGAGAUCGAGGAGGAUCUCCCCGUGUUCCAGGAGCUCGUGCUCGACCUCAGCCACAACGAUCAGCCGAGCAAAGAGGCGUCCGCGGCGCGCAAGCGCCUCCUCGACGCCUUUGCGCGCUACGACGCGCUCGCGAAACGUAUCCGCGCCCUCAGGCCUGCCCAGGGCGGCGCCGCGAGCGCGCAGGGGCGCAUGCAGGCCGCCAUCCUCGCGCGCGCGAACAUGUUUCUGCAGAAGCACAUGUUCCCUCUGCAGUCCCUGCCGAAAGCGCAGCAGAGACAAACGGCAUCGGGCGCUGCGUCCCCAUCCACGCCCGCCGUCGCCGUCGCCGUGCCAGGGCUCGACCCGGACUCAGAGCUCGCGCUCCGGCUGCAACCUCUGCUCGAGCAGGAAGCGCUCCUCGAGGGAUACGUCGAGGAGGCCAAGACGCAUCGCAAGUUCGAGGAUGCGAAGACGCUCAAGCGGAGCUUGGACGAGAUCAGGCUGGAGAUCGACCGCAUGCUGGCGGGGGCGACGACGGGGAAGUAA